AUGAGUGAUGAGGAUAAUCGGUCCGGUUUCAUUUCAGUCAAGCGAACUGAGUGGCAUUUCGGGGGAAUUCAAGAAGGCAACACUCAGCCUGAUUUGAACUGUCAGCACCGCAACCGAGGAAUUGGCUCCCUCACUUCUGAGGGCGAUGAACAUUGGGCGUACGCUCGACCAAAUACGAGCCACGCCGUCAGGAUCAACAUCAGCUGGUUCCCUGGAGGGAUGACAAUGCAGGAUGUUGAUACUGGUGCUCUACUGACUCGCUCUAGUCACUGGGUCAAGUGGGCACAUGGCAGUUCACACGAUGAUUCACUUGUCAUGUAUCAGAAGGACACGGCUAAGGGCGUCUGUUGGUUGAAGUUUAAAUGUGAGGGGAGCUGGCUCUGCACGAAUCAGGAGGGAGAGCUAAAUGUCAAAAAUGAGGGCGAAUACGCUGAAUUCUGGCAUAGGAGCAUGUUUCAUGCACCAUGA